AUGGCUAAGAUUGGUGAAGACCCUCCAGCAUCCGCAGGAAUUCUAGAGAACGUGUGGGCGAGCUUUAUUGGUGGGGAUGGAGCGUGUGGGGGAACAAGAUUAUAUACAGCAGAAAUGUCCAGAUCCUGGGAAGAACUACCUUGUUUUGGUGGUAAAGAUGGCUCGAUGGAAACUAAUCUACAACGGCUACCGAGUCUAGGAAGAUGGAUAUCAAUGGGAGCCGAGACCUGGGAAGAGCUCCUCCAUGGUGUUAUCCCUGCAAGCGAUAUAGAACUAUCCUGUAACGAGAAUUUACAGAGCAAUGGUGCCGCGAGUUCGUGCUUACAGAAGACUAAUGCCAGAGCAGAAAAAGUGGUUGCACGCCACUAUCGGGGAGUGAGGAGGAGGCCCUGGGGGAAGUAUGCUGCGGAGAUUAGAGACUCUUCAAGAAAAGGAGCUCGACUUUGGCUUGGGACUUUUGACACUGCAGAAGAAGCAGCUUUGGCCUAUGACAAGGCGGCUUUGAGAAUUAGAGGGCGCAAGGCAUUUCUUAACUUCCCACUUGAGACGGUUGCCAAGGCUUUAGGACUUGAUAACUCUGGAAAUGAUGUGAACUGUCCUUCCUUAACGAAUCAAGGAGAGAACCCAGAUUGCACCUUUCUCGGGUGCAAUACUGAGAAAGUCUGCAAUCCUCGAAAGAGGGCAUUGAGGGAGUGGGAAGAAGAUAUUGACAUGAUGAUUGAACAACCCUCGUUGAAGAAAACAACGAGCAUGGAAAAGAUACCUGGGAAUCAAUUUGGUGUUCUUGAGUUUCAGGACCUUGGGAGUGAUUACUUGGACAGUUUGCUCUCUUAUUUUUGACAAAAUGAUGGAUGAGAUACACACAGACAAUGCUAGGAGAACGGAAAGAUUAAUCCGAGUUACUGAUAUGUUUGUAGAACGCAUGUAUAUGCAUCUAGAUGACAUUCUUGGCAGUGUGGAAUUUACAAAUAGGGAAUUAGAUGGUCUGGAUUAUCUGUACUUAGGGAUCCAUCUACUAAAUUAUUGUUGUUCAUAGACUAGCAUUGUCGAGCAGAA